UUUGACACUUAUUUUGUCCCUUUAAAGCCGAGAGUCAAUGGCUACCUUUUUAUGUUUUUCAACUGUUUUAUAGUAAAUAAUUUUUUUUUAUUUUGUCAAAGGAAAAGAGAGUGUGUUGUUAAAGGACGUAAUUACCAGGGGAUGGUGGAAAGUUUUUAGCAGUUGGAAGUUAAGUUAUAAAAAAAAUUGGAACGAGCGUUUUAUAUAUCCCUGAUGUUUUGAAUGUCGAUUAAUUAUGUGUGUUUAUCAAUGUUUUGAUAUAAAAGUGUCUUGACGGCUUUAAAGGAAUAUAAUAUAAAGUAUAUCUGUGAGAGAAGGCGGAAAUAUGGAAUUGGGAUUCGGUAGGAGUGGAGUGCUGGACACUCAGGUGAGAGGCCAGUGGUACAGAGUGGUGGUCACGUUGGAGGAAGAGUACUUAACGAUCAGCCUCGACGAUUCGUACGAGAACUCGACUGCUUUGAAUGGAACUCUUAAUAACAACAACACGCUGGAUUCGGCAUCGGGGACCCUGGAGAACGUCGAGGUGCCGGACUCGAUCGCCAACUCGAACAGGAUCGUCCGGGUUGUCAAGUCUGACAACAACGGGCUCGGGAUCUCGAUCAAGGGAGGCAAAGAGAACAAAAUGCCGAUCCUGAUAUCGAAGAUCUUCAAGGGGAUGGCAGCGGAUCAGACCGAACAGUUGUACGUAGGCGAUGCGAUCCUGGCAGUCAACGGUGAUGACCUCAGGGAGGCGACGCACGACGAGGCGGUCAAGGCUUUGAAACGCGCUGGGAAAAUAGUACAGCUAGAAGUUAAGUACCUUAGAGAGGUGACGCCUUAUUUUCGUAAAGCGAGUCUCAUUUCGGAAAUCGGUUGGGAACUGCAAAGAGGGUUUUUGACGUCAAACCAGCCGAUUCCAAAGUCGCCUCACAGGCCGCACACCCGACAUUUACCUCUUCAACUAUGCUACCUCACUAGGAAUUAUAGUUAUCACGACAAAGAGAAUCGCUGUUUUGAGCUUCACUCUCCCGACUGUGUUCACAACUGCGUUAUGAGGGCGGCAGAUGCCGCAGAAUGCUCCGUCUGGUACAACAGCAUUCAUUCUGUACUGAUGCAUCUGACCCAGUCAGCGCUUAGGCAUGCCAAUUCGCUUCUGACAUCCUUGACUGGUGAAAUACAUCACAUCGGGUGGCUUUGUCGUACUCCAGCAAUGCAUAAUGGAAGUUGUGAUUCAAGUGAAGACAACUCUGAAAAAUGGGUCGCAGUUUUCGGUGUAGUUACAGAUAGAGAGUUAAGACUAUAUGAUGGGGCUCCAUGGUCUGCAGAAGCAUGGGCUAGCCCGUGUCUAACGUGUCCUCUUGUCUCUACGAGGUUGGUUGGGUGCAGCAGGCAAGAUAGCGAGGCGAUCACAUUUUCAGUCCGCUGUGGGACGCACGACGGUGUCAUAACGCACAUCUUGCGUGCUGAGACACACAGGGAUCAGGCAGCGUGGGCACAUGCGAUUGUGCACGGAUGCCACAAUGCUGUGCUUCAACAAGUUGAAAUAUCAUUCCGAUGUCUGUAUCAAGGUAAAUCUGCUCAGUUAAUUCUACACUUUGAGAAUGGAUUCAGGCUGAUUCAGCAGAGGACGACGAUUUGGCAGUAUCCUUUCCACAAGCUCAGGUCUUCGGCUGAUGACGGCUCUCAUUUAAUCUGGUUGGAUUUCGGACCUGACCAGCCUGACAUUGAGCUGGACUUGGAAUGCUGCCCUAAGCCGCUUGUAUUCAUACUUCACAACUUCCUCUCUGCGAAGGUGCACAGGUUAGGCCUGUUCGCAUGAAUCUGUCAGAGCGAACGCGCACGACGAAUCUCGACUCCCCAUCCCCUCCUUUGAUCUCCGUCCCGACAUUCCUCCCCCCUUGAUUCCCCUUUCUUAAGGAGGUAGAAUCUCAGAUUUGUGUCGGGUGGCUUUGAACGUGCGCUAUCGCUAAUUAAAAAACUUUUUUUUAAAAUAUUUAUAAAAAACUUGCAUUCAUAAGGAAAAAUGCUUUCUUCAUUAUUAAUGUUUAAAAGGUGUACAAGCAAUAUACUAACACAAAAAAGACAUCACAGAAAUGUAUAUUUAAACUAAUUUAAGUAAUGUACAAAGUAAAGUUUUAAGAGAGUAUUUAUUAAAGUAAUGCUAAUACAUUUUAUUAAUAUAUUAACAUUAAUUUUUACCUCAGUAUGCCUAAAUUUUUAUUAAAAAUUUAAAAACUUGUUCCUAACUUUUCAUUAGAAUUUAUUUCACUCUUUUAGUAUAUUUUUUUAAAUGUUUGCUCUAGGGCGAUUUUAAUCGUAUUUCUUGGCCUCUUUUGUCAGGUUAUCAUAUAACUGUGAUUUUUAACUGUGAUGGCAGUGUUUUGUGUAUUUCUGUUCAAGUCUCUCUAAUUAUUAAUAAGUUUUUAAUAAUAACAAUGACAUUCCAAUAGAUUCAUUGUGCCUUUAUUUUAUUUUUCUGUAAAAAUUUGUUUUUACAUAUUAUUUCAUCGCUCUUUUUUUUUCAAUAUAGCCUUAUUUUACUAUUUUAAACAACUAACACCAAAUUUGUCGAUAACCUAUUAUGUUUUUACUAAUAAACAGAAAAAAUUAUUUUUUUCUUUCUAAAAAAAUUUUAAAAAGCUGACCUUUAAAAUCAUCCUAGAGCAGCACUCAAUCGAACGGUCUAAACUCGAAUAGUAUUUCAAUUUAGAAUUUAGUAAUAUAAGCCAAGGAAAUAGGGAUGUUUUUAAAGAAAGGGUGUUUAAUAUAUUUGUAAGUAAAAAAAAGUCUAUGUGUAACUUUUGUCCCUCAGCGCACAUCAAGCUUUAGGUAAUUUUAUCGCUAAUUUAUUAAGUGUAUAAGUGAUCUUUAUACACGUUUAUACGACGAUUGUUGAGAGUACAAUUCACAAUUUGUGCAUGAGUUUGUAUUCAGUAAAUGAAAACAAACGAAUUUUAAACCUAACCUGUUGGAAGUAUUCUUUUUACACUGGGCCAUUUUUUAUUUUUUAUUUUAUUUUAUACUACUAACAACUAAAUUGUGUUUUUACAUUUACUAAUCCUUCUGAAUGAUUUCAAGAUGAUAUAUUUUUAUAUACUGUAGAAUUUAUAUAAUGGUAAAACAAAAUGGUUACAGUUUUUCCAUGUGGUCUGCAAACUUCCACGUUUCCCAUUCCAUGUUUUAAAAAGAACAAAAAACAAUCUUACAUUCCUAAAUGAUAUUAAUAAAAGGAAGUUGUUAGAAUAAGGUACUAAGUCAAUUGAGUAAUUCAAAAUAUAAAGAAUUGUUAAGGAUUUAAAAAGAGAAAUGUAUAAAAAUCUAAUUUAUACAAUUUAGGGAUUAAGGGUUAUAAUCUGAUUAAAAAUUGUCAAUUUGUAGUCGGUAUAAUUGCGAACGCAUUGUUUUUAAAAUCAAAACAAAUUUUAUUGUUUUAAAGUUUUCAAAAGUGUUUAAUUAGAUUUUUUUAAUUUUUAUCUUAGUGCUUGGCAAAAAAUUGAUACGUACAGAAAUAUUUACACCUGUUGAAUUCCUUUCCAUUUUAAACUCAAUUAAAAAUAUAAAAUAAACGGACAAAUUUCAAAAUAUUUCAACGGGCGAAAUGUUUCUGGUGAAAACCAUUGCAAUUUCCGUAUUCAGUGAUACUUUUUGUACAAAAAAAAAUCCCAAACAAGGCCGAAAGUUUUCAAAGGCCUAAUUAUCAUCUUUCAAGCCCCCAGAAACUGAAAUUUUGCAUCUAUUUGCGAUUCUAAUUGUAGUUUAUAUUUUGUAUCAAGUUUUACUGCUUCCAAGCGAUGUCUGCUCAUUAAAAAAAGAAAUUGUAUUUAAACCAAACUUUUGAGAUAGAUUGUUUCAUUUUUUUGAGGUAAUUGUUUAUUGU